UCUCUCGCUCUGGCCCUUUCAAUUUCUGUCGCUCUGGCCCUCUGUCUCUCGCACGCUGGCUUUGUGUCUCGUGCGGGCUCGCUCUUUUGCAAGCUGGCAUUCUGUCUCGUGCUGGCUCGCUCUCUCUCCCAGUCCCCUCCAGCUUCUCUUCUUCCAUUGCCAAGCAGAUUAACCAGUAGUCAGUAGCCUCUCUAUGGCAGUGUGCAGGAUGACCUUAACAGACAUUGUAGAUUUAUCUAGUGAUGAUGAACUUGGAGAUGUUGAUGUGAAACCUGUUAAGUUGGAGCCAGGUCUCGUUGGAAGAAAAUUGCAACAGAAUGAGAACAAUAAGGCUCUACUUGUGAAGCAUCAAAAGUCAAAAACCCCAUGUGCAAUACGAGAAUCUGAAGAAAAUAGGAGCUCAAAUGCUCUAAGUACUGGUCACAGUAACUCUAGUAUAUUAGACCAAGGGCAGUCACCAGUGGAUGAUACUGGCCUUUCUUAUACAUCGCCUUUAUCUCCAGCACCACUUUGUCGGCAGUUUUGGAAAGCUGGGAACUACAAUGAUGGCAUUGGUUCUAAAGUCACAAUUCAAAAUGGCAAAAACUAUCUACAUGUCCACCCAAUGUUCCUUCAUUCAAAUGCCACUUCACAUAAAUGGGCCUUUGGUGCCAUAGCAGAACUACUUGACAAUGCAGUUGAUGAGAUCCAAAAUGGGGCCACUUUUGUCAUUGUAGAUAAAACCUCAAAUCCUAGGGAUGGAAGUCCAGCAUUGUUAAUUCAAGAUAAUGGUAGUGGGAUGGACCCUGAAGCUAUGCGGCGCUGUAUGAGUUUUGGGUUUUCAGAUAAGAAAUCGAAAUCAGCCAUUGGACAAUAUGGAAAUGGCUUCAAGACCAGUACUAUGAGACUUGGUGCAGAUGUUAUUGUGUUCAGCCGUCACCAGGAUAAGAGGGUAUUGACUCAAAGCAUUGGUCUUCUCUCUUAUACAUUCUUGGCACGAACAGGCCAUGACAGAAUAGUAGUACCGAUGGUGGAUUAUGAAUUCAACACAUCAACUGAGACAUUAGAAAUAAUGCAUGGGACGGAACAUUUCAUGUCUAAUCUUUCCAUGCUGUUGCAGUGGUCCCCAUAUUCAACGGAGGCUGAUCUUCUGAAGCAGUUUAAUGACAUCGGAGCUCAUGGUACAAAGGUUAUUAUCUAUAAUUUAUGGUUCAAUGAUGACGGGAAUGUGGAGCUAGACUUUGAUACAGAUCCUGAGGAUAUUCGUAUUAGUGGGGAUACCAAAAAAGUUAACGCUUCAUCCAAAUGGAAGACAGUAAAUGAAGAGCACAUUGCUAACCGUUUCCAUUAUUCUCUCCGGGUAUACUUGUCCAUCUUAUACUUGCGGAUACCGGAAACCUUUCAAAUAGUACUUCGUGGGCGAGUUGUUGAGCAUCAUAACAUUGCCAAUGAUCUCAAAUUUCCAGAAUUUAUCUUGUAUAAACCACAAACGGGAGGUUCUGUGGAGGGUCAAGUUAUUACGACUAUUGGUUUUCUUAAAGAAGCUCCACAUGUCAGUUUCCAUGGCUUCAAUGUUUAUCACAAAAAUCGUCUAAUAUUGCCAUUUUGGCAGGUCGUGAGCUAUUUAGACAGUAGGGGUCGUGGGGUGGUUGGUGUUUUGGAAGCAAAUUUUGUUGAGCCGAGUCACAACAAACAAGAUUUUGAGAAAACUUCUCUUUUUCAGAAACUUGAAGCUCGUUUGAAGGAGAUGACAUGGGAAUACUGGGAUUAUCAUUGUGGGCUAAUUGGGUAUCAGGUAAAGAAAAAGCUUAUCCCACAAGUUUCAUCCAAUCGUACGCCACAUAGUGGUGUUCAACAACCUGUCACAUUGGGUCAAAGUUCCCCUGCUGUUGGUAGUAAAAAGGCAGCACUUGGAAGAUUUGAGCAAUUAAUACCUGACUCCCAAGUAGGAAGGAUGAAGAGAAAGGAGAAUGGUGAUAUUCCACUGGUAAAAAAUGUGAAGGCCAAGCUGAUUGAUGGGAAAAGUCAGAAUGUACAGAAACGAAUUUUAUUCAAAGAAAAACGAAGUGGAAACAAGUAGUGGAUAAGGCAUCCACAAACCAAAACAAGCAAAAACAAAAUAACAGACGAAACCAGAACCAGAACAGAAACACUACAACAAAGACACCAGCAAAACAACAAAGACUCCGCAACACCACAAGGACUAAAAGAAAACAAGUCAGAGAAUUGAAACAAGAUCCAGCAAAACUAAAGACAAACAAGACACCAAAACACUUCACAUUACAGCAGCUGCCAUAUCCCUCAAUAUAGAGGAGUAAGAAUAAUCUUUGAAAUCUGGGGUGACAGAAGCCCAUAAAGCAGCCCAGAAUUUAACUCUAUCCCAUAAUUCACCAACACCCACUCCCUUAUACUGGCCGAAAAUCCUCCUGUUACGCUCCAGCCAGAUGUUCCAAAAUACAGACUGCAGCAACCAGCCCGAUAAGGUUGAAGCACGCUUUCCCCUGCCCCAUACAACAAAAUGAGAACUGAGAAGAUCAGAAGAACACCCAAACAGCCUUAACCUCCCUCAACAAGGUCCACCAAAGACUUAAAGAGAAGGGAAUUGUAAGAAAAGAUGAGCCGCGUUUUCCUCACUCAUUUUGCAUAAAGCACACCAGUGAGGAGACAAACACAUAUAUGGUCUUCUUCUUUGGACAAGAUUAGAUGUGUUUUCUUUUCCAAGGGCCAUCAACCAGAAAAGAACUUUAACCUUUGGAGGAGAUUUGAACUUCCAAA